GUGCAUUUCCAAGGGUGGGUCUGAACGCGUGGCGUUUCAAAAACUAUAUAAUCUCGGCUCAUUGCGGGCAUGUUUCAGUGCAUAGUGGAGUAUCCCGACUCAACCGAGAGAAAAACAAGGGGAUAGCUGCAAUUAAAUAUUAUAUACUUUUUGCUGUCACAGAUCAUGGAGAUCACAUCUCAACCUGCUGCUUUUGAACCCCGAGACUUUCACUCAGGUUUAAUGAGCUGCUGUGACGACAUGGGUGUAUGUUGCUGCGGUUUCUUCUGCCUCCCUUGUUUGGGCUGCUCCAUCGCCAGCGACAUGAAUGAGUGCUGCUUAUGCGGUUUAGGCAUGCCCAUCCGGAGCGUGUACAGGACUAAAUACAACAUACAGGGAUCCAUGUGUAAUGACUGGAUGGUGGCGAACUGCUGCUUCAGUUGUGCAGCCUGUCAGCUGAAGAGAGACCUCAAAAUAAGGAAGAGCAAUGGAACGCUGAAACCCUGAGAAGGGAAAAACGGUCCUUACUCGCUGCUCGAAAGAAUUAAAGUUAAUCAUUUGAAACGUAAUGGAAAUGUCUUUGCCGUCAUAAGUACCAUAAAUUCAAAACUUAAAGAUUCUGGUCAGUAAGCUAUUGGUUUGUUAUUGUCAAAAUGAAGUGAAUUUUUACUUAAAUAAUCUGCCAAUGGGAUUUCUGUUUGAAAUUAAGAUUAUUUUGCUUGUUCUUAAGCAAAAAAGUCACUUCAUUUUGACAAUAUUUUUUUACCUGCCUGGAAAAUCCUUUUUUUUGUUGUUUUUUUAUUUUGGCUGGAAACGAGACAAAAAAAUCUGGGCUAAAAAAGCAUUUAUUGCGGUGAAAUACAUGUUUUCAAAUAACUUGGUUGGGAAGAGAAAAUGGUGUGAUAUAAGUAUAUUGUCAGUGUGGUUUGUUGGUUGUGUUUUGAAACAUAGUAAGUAAAAUGUAAAAGAAAAGUGAAAUUACGGAUGAAGAAAGAACUUCAGUGCAGUGCUACAGUACUUCAGUUCUUAACUUAAAACAAUGUAUUCUUUGUAAAUUACGGCUGCGUUCAUUUUCUUAAUAUCUACUUCAAACACAAUUAAACAUUUUGCAGGCACUGCGUAGUAUUGCCAUGCCAUUUGUCCUGCCUGUACGUCUUAUGAAUAAAGAAACAACCUUUUUUGCUAA